AACUAACUACAUAGCCUAAGUAUUUUCACAAAGUUUAAACAAAAAUACGGUUUUUAUCCGAUAAUUUAUUUAAACACACAGCUAUGAUGGUACAUUGAUUUGGAAUGGAUGAUUUUAGAAGUAACUGUUGAAAUUAUUAAAUACCUUGUCGUAUUACUAUUUGAUUUUCAUUCUCACGAGUUGCUAGUAACGUUAGAUCGUUAAAUAUGAUUUUAAGUAGAUCGCUGAAUUGUAAGAUUUACAAAAAGUAAUGUGGCGGUACCUUGGUACAGUUGAGGUAACGUUAAUACGUUAUAUGGUUAAUGAUUUACAAAUCAGGACCGCCGCUCCCUAUACACGGAGAGAGCAGCCUACUUAGGGCACUACCAAGGGGGCACCAGGCGGCGAUUUCUAUCGUGGGUGAUUACCACAUGAAUUGAAAAUAUUUAAGAAUCUUCUAGAGUCUAAAUAAUAUUGAAUAAUCUGUGGGUAAUUACAAUUGAGAAAAUUUGACUCAAGUGUGCUUUCUUACAACGAACUCUCAUGGCCCCCGUUGUUCCCAUAAGCCCAAAAAUCUUUGAACCACAUAUAAAACAAAAUGAAUGUGCUCAGAAUACAUCAAUUAAUUCAAAAACUUUACUCAUUUACUUUCUCUUCUUAGUGGAGAUACAAUUGGCACAAAAACUGGCUGUAUGAUAUAAAAAUAAGAGAAGUCUCUCAAACUGCUGCACUGACAGAGAGUUGAUAUGCAGAACCCGAGACAGAGUGAAAGAAAGAGUCCUGGUAGAGAUUGAGGACUUUCAUAAGAUGGCAUCUGGAAGGAUUCGUUCCACGCGUCGCCUGCGUUCCUGGAUAGUGGAACAGGUGAACAGUGGGAAGUAUCACGGCCUAGUGUGGGACAACCCUGAGAAAACCAUGUUUCGUAUCCCAUGGAAACAUGCAGGAAAACAAGAUUUCCGAACUGAGGAAGAUGCAGCUAUUUUCAAGGCUUGGGCGGAGUUUAAAGGGAAGCUUUUGGAGAAUGGAAAUUCAGACCCUGCAUCCUGGAAAACUCGACUUCGCUGUGCCCUCAACAAAAGUCCAGAGUUUAGUGAGGUCAAUGAAAGGUCACAGCUGGACAUCUCAGAACCCUACAAGGUCUACCGCCUCGUACCACUAGAAGAACAAGGAGUGGUAAAAGUAAAAAAGGAGAAUGGACAGAAGCAAGUGAGGAGCAGCAGAAGGAGACGCAGUGAAUCCGAGCAAGAUGAGCAGCAGAUUGCAUGCAAAAAGAUCAAAGAGGAGGUUUUUGUGCCCCAGCCCAUCAACAUGAGUGCACAGGAAAUCAUCCCACUCACAGGAAGAGAGAUCACACUCCAAGCAGAGGUGGAGACAAACCCCUUAAAGACUGACAAAAUGCUGCACUCUUUCCACAUAACCGUGCUCUACAUUGGUCAGGAGGUUCUGCGGCGAGAAGUAAUGGGUAAUGAUGUUCGGAUCGCUUACCUGCCUCCCUCACCUGUCCCUCCAUCUCCACCGUCUCUAAACGGCGCUGGCUUCCAUCGAAUCCCUCUCCCAGACCCCCCAUCAGACAUGAGCUCCUCUGACCCCAGCCUCGCCCCACGUUUGACCGCUCUUAACAAAUUGCUGCCCUUCAUGGAGAGUGGAGUAGUCCUGACCUUGACAGGAGGAGCCAUCUAUGCCAAGCGCUUCUGUCAGGGACGGGUCUUCUGGAGAGGACCACAUAGCACCACCACAGGACCCUGUAAAAUGGAGAGAGCAGGCGAGCCCACCCAGCUGUUCAGCAAGGAUAUAUUCAAACAGGAGUUGGAUUCUUUCCGCAGUGGAGGAAAACAACCUCAAAGUGAGAUCACGCUGUGUUUUGGAGAAGAGCUGUAUGAUGGAGAUAACAUUGAUGAUAAACACAUCAUCAUUAAGAUAUCUAUCCCCUGGGUUGAGUCGCAGAUAGAAGAGGUCAAGACCUUCCAAGACUCUAUUGCAAUUCUCAAAAGUUUGGCCAGCCAGUCUCCUACAGGUGAAGUGACGCUGAACUUUGUUGAAGUAUUGGAGCAGUAACAAACCUCUUAGAUAACACUUUCUGCAUUCUUGAGAUCUUGACAUUAAGAAUCAAAAUGAAGAAGAACAACUAUAUAUGGCAUGACUUGAGACAACUUGUAUAAACACUUUCCUGUAGGUAGCUAGUGGAAAUAAACACUGUAAUUAUCAGUUGCUUCAAAUACAUAAAAUAUAUAGCCAUAUAGUAGUUAAAUCCACAUAUUUAUAAGUAAUAUAAAACAUGUCUUUAGUCAAUAUAGAAUUGUAUGUUACACUGUAAAAUGUAAGAACACAAAAUAUUUUGUCAUUUGUACCACUAUGCAUUUCCCAUCUGGCCUAGUGGAGUCUGCGUAAAGUUCAAACUCAUUAAA